AUGGAGCCCAUUGCUAAGCGCCUAAAACAGUCCGCAGAGAGCGCUUUGUACACAACGAGAGAGAGUAACACAGAGAAGGAGAUUGCUGAGCGUAUACGUCGUCUAGAGGCUGAGCUCCAAGAUGGAAGUCAUGAGGACUCGAGCACCUCUGACUCUGAUUCCGACAAUGACAAAACCAAAACAGUCGUGAGUCUGUCCGCGUAUGCUUCAGACCGUAUUGAGUCGCUGCCUGAUAAUAUGCUACCACCUGCUAGACCAUCGUCGGUCCUGCCAUCAGUCAAGAAGAAACGUAAGAAGACUCAGCAGGAGGAAAACGAACAAGCAGCGAACAAAACGCUAGAGCUACUAGGCGACGCGCUGACGUUCCCCAAGAAGGUCCCGUUUGCAUGCAAGCCAUGCAAGUUUAUCGGAAAGAAUAUAGAAGAUUUAAAGGCGCAUCGAGCGUCCGAGGAGCACCUAAAGCGCGCAGAGGCUGGAGAUAAGGCAUUGCACUGUGUUUUGUGCAAUAAAUCGUUCACUAGUCAAGCCCAAGUCGACGAACAUCGUCUAGGCAAGUGGCACAAGCAGCGUGCCCAGCAGAAGAAAGAGAGACGCACUGUAAAGGUUUGCUAUGACUUUAUGCGUGGAGAAUGCAAGUGGGGCGAUCGUUGUAAUUUUGAACACACGGAGACGAAGGCCAUGCGUUCUGGAUGUGCAUUUAAAAAGACACGUAGCCGAGUGUGCAGCAGCUUUGCACAAACCAAGAAAUGCCGCUUUGGUGACAAGUGUCUGUUCUCGCACGACACAAAAUAG